AUGUGUUCAAGCGAAAAACGACCAACAGUUGUCAUGAUGAAGACGUUAAUGAAAUACAUGAUUGUUGAAAUAAUAUUCUGCUUCUUUUUAUUGGUAGUUCAUGAUGACCACCCAUUCAAUCGGAGCUUUGUUUUUGCAAUAUCAUCAUCUCGGAGAGAUCCAGCAACAGGCUUUGAGCUGAAACAAACCCCAGCACCCGUGAACGACACGUUGCAAACGGAACAUUUGACACAACUUUCACAAUUCUUUAACAAUUGUUGGGACGUUACUCGAUAUAUGAGCGACCAAAAUUGGUUUAUUGCAGCCAUUGGUACAGAACAAUGGUUUCCGAGCUCGUUUGGAUGUUCCAAUGUUUCGCUGUGGACCAAAUACGGAGUGAAUCGACUUUUUGAAGCGACACAACAACCAUUGAGAUAUUAUUCGUUUAUUUACUUUGAAAAACGUGGAGAGAGUUAUGAUUUGUGUUCAAAAGUUGGAUAUUGGGAAAUGAAAUUGAAAUUGGCGUGUGGUGAAUUACUGUGUGAAAAUGAUCAUGUUGAUAAUUUGAGUGCGUAUGUGGAAGAAAUUACACAAAAACAAACAAACAUCUUUGAUUGGAUCAAUUAUUGUCAAUACUGCUCUAGAAACAACACAUUGAGGUCGCAUCAACAAAAAUUGGGACCUACUCGAGGAUGUUUUCCCAAAGACCAAACAGUCAGCGACAUGAUUAACAAAUUUCCACAAUCGCUUGGUUAUUGUGGAAAUAUAGAGCUUGGAAUUCCUAUUGUUGUCAACAGUAGCGAUGUUGAGCCACGAGGUAUCUUAAAUUUUCCCUACUCUUACAUUUGUUAUUGCCGCUCUAACAUUACUGCCAUCAAGUGUGAUUACAAUGUCGCCCAAUUUGUGUCCAUUCAGACAAUUUCUUUUGGUGCAUUCAGCAUUCACGCCAUUUCAUUUUUCGUAACCUUAUUUUUCACAUUCUUGCCCAAACUGAAAUCUUCGAUCAGACAAAAGAAAUCUGUGCGCUUUGUUACAAUAGCAACUGUGUUGGAAACUGAGCUAGUGCUCGCAGUUGCCUUCUUACUCUCUGCGACAUGGGGAACAAAUAUUGCAACCACGAUUUUUGGAAACAUUGCAAUAUCAUGCGUAUUUUUCACGCUCUUUGCAUGGGUCGCCUAUUGGUUUCGAUUAGUUCUUUAUGUGAAAACGAAGAAAACAAAACCUGCCAUACUAUUAUACGUUGGACUUGUGCUCUUAUCCCUUACUGUUGGAAUUGUAGUACCUUCUAUUGUGACACGUGCUAAAGCCCUUUCUGAGAUUGUUGAAUUCUUUACAUACUACAUUUUUGCACUCUCUGUGUUGGCUCUGAUCAUGUUUGUGCUCUCUUCGGUAUGGAUUUAUUGGGCCAUGAAAAAGGUUUCCGAUGUCAACAUGUUGAACACUUCGUUUCUAAGAUUUGUCAUUUAUUCCUCCACUUCAAUCCUUGUUUUUUCCAUAGGCUACUUUAUUAUAACUCAAAUCUCAGGUGGCUUCUUUAUUGGAAUUAUUUCUGGAAUAUUUAGUAUCGUUACCCAUACAACUAUAGCAUCGAUUACUUUGGGAAUCACUUACAUGGAAUUUGAAAAGGAAGAUUUCAUGGAAUUUUAUUCGUGUUGCUAUUUGAAAGGAAAAACAUCAGCAGCAGUAUCCACGACUCUAAGCUUUGAUAAGAAUAGUUCUAAUACUACUAGCUCCGAACAAGAGCAACAUGAUACGGGAGCAACAAGUUCAAACACUUACUAUUCCAAAAUUUCUGAUUGA